AAUAUUUGGAUGCAACCGAAUGUGUUGGCAAUAAUGCAGGAAUACUACUCACAACUUUCGAUGAAUAACGCUGUUUCAUUUCUUGGCAGUGUUGCGAAUAAAGCGGUUACACAGUCCACCAGUGGAAGUGCUUUCAAUGCGGUCUCUAAGCCAAAAAGUCCCGAGGGUACAGCUUCGUUAAGUCAACUAUCGUCGGCAUCUAAUCAGUUCGCCGCCGGUGUAAUAAAAGGCGAUCCGGCCGUAUCCUCUCAAGCUUCAACCGCUAUUAGUACGGAUACAGCAGCUGCAGCUGCAGCAGCCAAAUCUUCCGUAUGGAGUGCGGUUAAUGGCUCUUCAUCGGUCACAACGAGUCGACGGAGAUCAGCGACCAAUGGUACCGCAGGUAACGACAAGAACACGGUGACUAAUCCAGCGGAUGUUUCUUCUACAUCCUCGCUAGGCGCUAGCCUGGCAACAGCAGCUCCGCAGUGUAAAGUGGCUAAGAUGGAGACACAGCCCACAGAUGAUAAUAGGUAUUUUAUUAUAACUGAUCAGAUUGAAGUCAGUUUUCUGCAAAUCCUUGAAUAUCAGUCCUCAGUAUCAAUAUUUUCAUCACAUCAUUAA